AAAAUGAAUUCUUCAUGAAUAUUUAUAGAAGUAUUAUUAGUCUCAUAAUUUCUUCCACAUAAAAAACCACUCCUUUUCUAGUAUCAUCUUGAUUCUUGACAUCUUCCAAUCCCGUGGGUGCAGCAUUUAUCCAGUGUGCAUUAAAGGAAAAAAUGUUCAUUUUGAAAACCACAAGUUAUUCCUAAUUGGACAAAACCAAAAAACACCUUAUUUCCAAUUGGACAUACACAUCAUCUCCUCUCUGUUCACUUACCCAGUCUCUCUACAAAGAAAAAAGAGAAGCCUCUUUCUGAAAUCUUCCAUUUAUGUCACAAUCAGAUUCAGAAUCCUCAUCUCACUAUAUAUAACAACUAAAACCCCAACCCACCUUUGUUCUGUUCCUUGGUUAGACUCUUUUAUUCACAGUUAGCUUUUGUUUGAGUUGUAGUUGAUUUUCUUUCUUUGUUUCAAGUCUUUAUUUUUACUAUGAUGUGGUCAUCAAGAGUGGAUGACCAUGGCAAUAGAGUUUCAUCUUCAUCAUCAGCAAAGUCUUUAUCUUCUUCAUCUCCAUCUUCAUCACAUUCAUCAAUCUUAAGAAACCCAAGAAGAAAAACCAUGGAAGAAGUUUGGAAUAAUAUCAAUCUUACUUGUAUUCAUCAUAAGAAUACUAACACUUCCUCCUCUCCCAUUAGAGUGGAAGAUUCAAGUAUUCCAUUACCCAAACCCAAAGCUACUUCACAAACUUUUCCUGUCAUCAGCAAUCUCCAAGAGUUUUUAGCUAGACCGUUUAACAAAGACUCUCAAAGUCAUCAGAAACAACAACCAAAAACAGGUGCCCAGCUGAUUUCAAGAUUUUCAACUGGUCAGGUUCAUCCUCCUCCUCCACCACCACCACCAUCACCACCAGUACCGGUAGCACAACCACAACCACAACCGCUCCCACCAACCAUUAAUCUGAAUUCAGCCUGUGAUCAGCAAUUUCCAUACCUGGAUGAUAACAGUGAUGAGCACCCACUUCGUCCGAACCCAAGAUUGAAUCACAACAAUCUUAGUUUUAUCGAUUCACCUUCUUUUGUUUCAGCUUUGAAUACAUCCCAUCCAUUUGAUCAAGCAUUUGGGAAUUCAACUCUCCCUAAUAACAAGAGAAGAGCUUCUGAUGAAACUGAUGAUAACAACAUCAACUGUACUGGGGAUCGUAGGCAUAAGAGAAUGAUCAAGAACAGAGAGUCUGCUGCCCGUUCUAGAGCUCGGAAACAGGCUUAUACAAAUGAGCUGGAGCUUGAAGUUGCAAAUCUCAUGGAAGAAAAUGCUAUGCUCCGGAAACAGCAACAGCAGUUAUAUCUAGCAGCAGCAGCACACCAACUUCCAAAAAAGACUACGCUUCAAAGAACAUCAACUGCCCCAUUUUGAGAGCAAGCAUGCAGUACUAGCUUGAUCAGCAGCAGCAGCGGCAUCACUUUAAAUUUUCUCCGCAUCACUCCUCCAUAUGUACAGGAUCAGGACCACAUCUUCUACCAUGCAGUCUAGAUUGUAGUGAAUAGUCUUCCGGAAAGAGAUAUAACCAAAAAGAAACAGUAUCCGUUUUGUUGCUUUGUGAGAAGGAAAGGUCAUUUCCAUGUUGUUUUAAAAUCUCCCUAGUACUGUUCUUUAAUUUUCAUUUCGGUUAUUGUUAUAUAUAUUUUGCUUAGGAUUUUAGUUUACUAAUUCUAUGCGUGUAAUUUGAUAGCUUAUAUAAAGUUGGCUUAGAUCCUAUUUUUUGUG